AUCACUGCAUAGUGCACUACUUCUCCAAAGAGCCCUGUGGGCUGUCCUGUGUACAGUGUGUGCAGUGCCACGCCCUUAGCCACGUGACAGUCACAUUAAUACUCAGUUCACCUCCCUGUACCUUCAGCUCCACCCAAAAGAUCAAGGAACAUUGGCCUGGGGCUGGGGGGUUCGGCUACCAGCGGCCAAUUGCGCUUUACCGGGGCGUGGAGAGCGAGCCAGUGCCGCUGUAUAUAUAUCCAUCACUUAAUACUCUGGAUAUUAACACAUGAAGCUCGGUGACAGUAGCCGCGGUCACAGGCUCUCUCAGCCGCUUCAGACCCUCGCCACCUCAGCAGCAGCAGCAAAAGCAGCAGUAGCGGUAGAGGACAGAAGACUGAAAGAUAGGCAGUCUCUUUCUCUCGGCUAGGCCAUAGUCAUUGUUGUAGUCGUGAUCAAUGAGUCUGUCCGGGAAGCAGCGGUUCUCCGCCAACUCUUUCUCCGGGUUCGGGAGCCGGAAGAUGGCAUUGUCCUCCGCCGGGGGGUCGUCAAUGCGCUCCAGCUUCGGGAGCAGAAUGGGCAUUGGGGUCGGAGGAGGAGGCGCUAGUCUCGGCUUCGGGAAGGGCUUUGGAGACGGUGGAGGAGGAGGGUUCAGGAUGUCAUCCUCCAGCCACAUGGCAGGUCUGGGGAGUGGGAUGAGCACCGGUGGCGGCGGCAGCGGGAUGUUCGGUGGCGGUGGAGGCGGUGGAGGAGGAGGAGGUUUCGGGUACGGUGGAAGUGUCGAGGACACGUCCCUCGGGUUCGCCGGUAACGAGAAGCAGCACAUGCACAACCUGAACGACCGCCUGGCCACCUACAUGGAGAAGGUUCGCCAGCUGGAGGCGACCAACCACCAGCUGGAGGAGAAGCUGAAGACCUUCACCUUCAACAAGGUGGAGGCGCACGACCUGACCAUCUACGACGCAACCCUCAAACCACUCAUGGAGCAGCUCAUGGCUUUCCUGAUACAGAACACUCAGAUUGCCGUGGAGAUCGACAACGCCAAGCUGACUGCUGACGACUUCAGAGUCAAGUGGGAGAAUGAGCUGUCUUUGCGCCAGUGUGUGGAGGGGGACAUCGGGGGUCUGAGGAACCUGCAGCGGGAGUUUGAGAUGAACAUCACAGCCAUGAUGCAGGACCUGCAGGGGUACCAGAACGAACGGGUCUCCAUGGCGAAGAGCCACGAAGAGGAGCUGUUGUCCAUGCGUGGGGGGAUGACUGGCCAGGUGAACGUGGAUGUCCAGGCUGCUAAGAGCCAGGACUUGUCUCUGAUGCUGGCUGAAGUCAGGUCGGAGUACGAGGCGGCCGUGGAGAAAAACCGCAGACAGGCCGAGGCCUGGUACAUGAAACAGGUGGAGAUGAAGCAGGCAGAGUCGGCGGUGGUGAUGGAGACGACCACAACGACCACGUCGGAGAUGACAGAGUUACGGAACCGCUACCAGACCCUACAGAUGGAAUACCAGGGACUACGUAUGGGGAUAGCGAACCUAGAGGCCAGGCUGUUGGAGGUUCAGUCCCAGUUCCAGCAACGUCUGUCUGGGUAUAGUGGCAAGGUGAUGGGCCUGGAGGGAGAACUGACCUCCAUAAGGGCCAGCACCACUGAGCAGAGCCAGGACUACCAGAUCCUUCUGAACAUCAAGAGUCGUCUAGAGAUGGAGAUCCAGCAGUAUAAGCAUCUGCUGGAGGGAGCCGGCCUGGGAGGGGGCAUGGUCUCUGGAGGGGCUGACCUGGGAGGGGGCACGGUGGUCUCUGGAGGGGCCGGGAGGUCGGCAGGUAAGGCUGUUGUGACCAGGACCACUGUGUUGGAGGUGAAAUCCUCGGCAAAAUCAGGAGGAGGUACAGCGCCAUCAGCAGGAGGCACGGUGCCAUCAACAGGAGGCACGGUGCCAUCAGCAGGAGGCACGGCGCCAUCAGGAGGCGUCACGGCGCCAUCAGGAGGCGUCACGGCGCCAUCAGCAGGAGGCACGGCGCCAUCAGCAGGAGGCACGGCGCCAUCAGCAGGAGGCACGGCGCCAUCAGGAGGCGGCAAGGCGCCAUCAGCAGGAGGCACGGCGCCAUCAGCAGGAGGCACGGCGCCAUCAGCAGGAGGCACGGCGCCAUCAGCAGGAGGCACGGCGCCAUCAGGAGGAGGCACGGCGCCAUCAGCAGGAGGCACGGCGCCAUCAGCAGGAGGCACGGCGCCAUCAGCAGGAGGCACGGCGCCAUCAGCAGGAAGCACGGCGCCAUCAGCAGGAGGCACGGCGCCAUCAGCAGGAGGCACGGCGCCAUCAGGAGGCGGCACGGCGCCAUCAGCAGGAGGCACGGCGCCAUCAGCAGGAGGCACGGCGCCAUCAGCUGCCGGCACGGCGCCAUCAGCUGCCGGCACGGCGCCAUCAGCAGGCGGCACGGCGCCAUCAGGAGGAGGCACGGCGCUAUCAGCAGGCGUCACGGCGCCAUCAGGAGGCGUCACGGCGCCAUCAGGAGGAGGCACGGCGCCAUCAGGAGGCGUCACGGCGCCAUCAGCAGGAAGCACGGCGCCAUCAGCAGGUGUCACGGCGCCAUCAGCAGGCGUCACGGCGCCAUCAGCAGGAGGCACGGCGCCAUCAGCAGGCGUCACGGCGCCAUCAGGAGGAGGCACGGCGCCAUCAGCAGGCGUCACGGCGCCAUCAGGAGGAGGCACGGCGCCAUCAGCAGGCGUCACGGCGCCAUCAGGAGGAGGCACGGCGCCAUCAGCAGGCGUCACGGCGCCAUCAGCAGGUGGCACGGCGCCAUCAGCAGGAGGCACAGCGCCAUCAGCAGGAGGCACGGCGCCGUCAGCUGCCGGCACGGCGCCAUCAGCAGGAGGCACAGCCCAAUCAGUAGGAGGCACGGCGCCGUCAGCAGGCGUCACGGCGCCAUCAGCAGGAGGCACGGCGCCAUCAGCAGGAGGCACGGCGCCAUCAGCUGCCGGCACGGCGCCAUCAGCAGGAGGCACAGCCCAAUCAGUAGGAGGCACGGCGUCAUCAGCAGGCGUCACGGCGCCAUCAGCAGGAGGCACGGCGCCAUCAGCUGCCGGCACGGCGCCAUCAGGAGGAGGCACAGCCCAAUCAGUAGGAGGCACGGCGCCAUCAGCAAGCGUCACGGCGCCAUCAGGAGGAGGCACGGCCCAAUCAGUAGGAGGCACGGCGCCAUCAGGAGGAGGCACGGCGCCAUCAGGAGGAGGCGCCGCAAUGGUGUCCGGAGGGGGACCAGCUCUGAUGUCAUCAGGAAGCGUCGUGUUAGUGUCCGGCGGGGGACCAGCUCUGAUGUCAUCAGCAGGUGCCACGAUGGUGUCUGGUGGGGGAACAGCCAUGAUGUCAUCAGGAGGCGUCGCGAUACUUUCCGGCGGGGGACCAGCCACUGUGUCAUCAGGAGGUGCUGCGAUGGUGUCCGGCGGGGGAACAGCCAUGGCGGGAGGUACAGCUAUGGUGUCAUCAGGAGGUGGCACUGUGUCCGGCGGAGAUUCUAUGAUGAUGUCAUCGGGCGGGGGCAUGACCGUGUCCGGUAGCAACUCGUCUUCCACCAGCGUGUCGACCACCAUGGAAGGUAAAGUCUCAACUGGUGAUAUUACCAUAGUACCCAUGUAGUGAUUCCCUUCUCUGAUCCACGUCACAACACUCUCCAGGACCACGGAACCCCCUACGCCUACGGAACCCCCUACGCCUGAACCUCAUGACGUGUAGUCUCUCUCUCUACUACUAACACACAGCUCACCUGGCAGAACACACAGUCCACAUUCUGACCUGAACAUCAUGACGUGUAGUCUCUCUCUCUACUACUAACACACAGCUCACCUGGCAGAACACACAGUCCACAUUCUGACCUGAACCUCAUGACGUGUAGUCUCUCUCUCUACUACUAACACACAGCUCACCUGGCAGAACACAGUCCACAUUCUGACCUGAACAUCAUGACGUGUAGCCUCUCUCUCUACUACUAACACACAGCUCACCUGGCAGAACACACACAGUCCACAUUCUGACCUGAACAUCAUAACGUGUAGUCUCUCUCUCUACUACUAACACACAGCUCACCUGGCAGAACACACACAGUCCACAUUCUGACCUGAACAUCAUGACGUGAAGCCUCUCUCUCUACUGUUUUAUUUAAAUGACAUUUGACGUUUCCAUUUAUAAUAAAAACCUGACCCUACAAUGA